AAGCGGUGGCUCAGCGAACAGCUGUUCUUGGCGGAGGCGUUCUUCAAUUUGGAAACAAUUAAAUUACUAUUGCACUUGUAGAUAAGGCAACUGCCAACAUUCUUUAGUCAUGCUGACCAUUGGCACUUUGGCCAACAUCAAGCAUAUACUGCAAAAGGAGCUCUUUAACGUCUCGACAAGCGGCGAACGGCUGCUCUCCGUGGUGACGGUGACGAAGACCUUCAAAAAGAAAGACAAACGAGCCUGUUACCUCUGCGUGGUGACGACAGCGCCCCCAGUUCCCGUUGUCUCCGUGUGCCUGGUGAAGCAGUCGGAGCAGCGGGAGAGCGAGUAUAAGCGCAAGCGUAGCUGGCUGCUGGACGAGAUCAAAUGGAUCGAUGGACGCAACGAGCAAUUCGAGACGCACGAAUUUGAUAUCCAAUUGGAGAAGCUUUACAAAUGGUACGCCCUGAAUUUGCAUGAGCGUCAGAAUUUCCUGGCGGUGCUCAAUCGGCAAAUACAAAAAUUUGUGCGUGGACCGCGUGCCGAGUUCCGGAAUGUUCCCAGCGCUUGGCUGUCCGAGAAAUCGCCGGAGAAAAUUGCAGCUGGGCGUGCGGGAACAGGAAGUGUGGCCCAGAAGCCAGCGAACACUGACGAUGAGGAGGACGAGGAGGAGGCACAAGAGUUUACAGCGCUAACCGAUAAGGAGGCCAAUGAGUUGGGCAAACUAUUCUCGGAAUGCGACUUUGCCAUCAAGGAUGCGGAGCAAUUCAUCGAACAACUCUCAAGGGAGCUGCACGAUUUGGAUGGCGCCAAUAUGCAAAGUGUUUUGGCAUCGGAGCAAAAGGUGCUUAAGAUGAUGGAGCACAUUGAUAGUGCUAUAACCGAGGCAGAUAAGUUUGAAACGCGUCUGGAUACCUAUGAGGAUAUAUUGGGGCAUGUCAAGGAGACCAUGGAGAAGAUUGGCGGCAAGAAUGCUAUGAUUGAAAUUGCCAACAACAACAACAUCAAAUUGAUGAAAGAACUCAACAAAGUUAUUAGCCAACUGGACUUGCCGCACAGCCAGCAGCAGGCACUGGAUGAUCCCGAUCUAAAGACACCGGCCGGCCUCAAGGCGGCAAUUGCGGCAGCUCAGUGCCUGCAACAGGCAAUGAACAGUGACAUUGAUCCAGCGCUGUUACGCCUGGAAGCCGUGCAGGAUCAGCGCAAGCGUUUCGAGAAAUGGAAACAAAAGUUUUCGGCCAUUGUGAGUCGGUUCAUGAAUAACCUAUUUAUUCAUCUGGGCAACGAGUCGAAGACCAGCACCGAUUUGUCACUGCCCAAUCACUCAACGGUGCACAGGGAACUGGCACCGUAUACGGAACUGAUGCACUGGACUAAAGCCAUGGAUCGCAAGACCUACGAUGGCCUAAUGAACGUCUAUACGCAUUCCUUGAAAAAGAUCUACGUGCAGGAUGUGAAAUCGUUUUUUAAUCUGGCGAAAAUGCAGGUUUCGGAAAAGCUACAAAGUUCCCGGGAAGACCUCGAUAUGUCCAGUUCGUCACGGAAAUCGGCUGUCUCCACAAUUCCGUAUGGCACGCUGGGCAUUAAUCGUGAGCAAUGGGGUCCUGGCGUGGACAGUGCGGAUCGUGUGCGUUUUGAUGCGCUGCUGGAAAAAGUGUUGGCCGAACUGGAACCGAUUGCCCUACAGGAGCAGUUGUUCUGCAUCAACUUCUUUCAAAUGGAUGUGAUAAGUCCGACAACGAAGAACACACAAACAACGCUGGAUAUGGAUAAGGAUAAGGAUAAGGGUAUGGAGAUGACGCAGUCCUUUAACUCCUCAACAAUCUCUCCGACCAGUGCCAGUUCAAAAGGUGGUGGUGCUGCUGGCGUGCCUCAAAAGCGCAUUGAUCGCCAGAUCAAUGAGGAUGUGCGUAAGCUGAUGAUGGGACUCUUUGAUUGCCUGGAGCCCGAGCUGGUUAGCUUUAUCCAAAGCUUUGAGCGUGUGGAUAGUUUUUAUUCGCUUUAUGUGCUGGUGCGUUUGACGCAGCACGUCAUGUCCGCCCAGGACACACAUUCCUUUCUCAGCAUGACUUUUGCCUCCGCCUUGGUGCAUGUGAAGCGUAAUUUUGAUCGCUUUAUGCAACAGCAGCUGCAGUCCAUCAAGGAGGCAAAGCUACACAAGCGUUCAAAGGCUAUCCUGCCGUAUGUGGAGAACUUUGAGAAUUUUGCACAGACGGCGGAGGGCAUAUUCCGGAAUUCGGAUCGACGCACCGACAUGGAAAAGUGGUAUUUGCAGCUGGUAAAUGCCAUAUUCGAGGGCAUCAGCAUGCAUGCGCAGGAGCAUCCAAAGACGCCGUCGCAGGUGGUGCGCAUGGAGAACUAUCAUCAUAUGUAUGCACUGCUCGCACAGCUCAAGGUGCCCGGCCUUGAUGCGCUCAAGAAGGAGGCGAAGAGUCGCUACAUUGAUGCCCUAAAGGCAUAUGUCACACAGUACUUUGGACGUCCACUGGAGAAGCUAAAUCAAUUCUUUGAAGGCGUCCAACUGAAAGUGGCGCAGGGCGUUAAAGAGACAGAGAUUAGCUACCAAAUGGCCUUCUCGAAGCAGGAGCUGCGCAAAGUGAUUAGCCAGUAUCCGGCGCGUGAGGUGAAGAAGGGUCUGGAGAACCUGUACAAGAAAGUCGAUAAGCAUCUGUGCGAAGAGGAGAAUCUGUUGCAGGUGGUGUGGCAUGCCAUGCAGGAGGAGUUCAUAGCCCAGUACAAUUAUCUCGAGGAACGUAUACAGAAAUGCUAUGCGGGCGCCAUGAUCAAUCUCGAGUUCAACAUUCAGGACAUUCUCGCCUUCUUCUCGGACAUUGCGCGCUCUCACUGAGUGCUAAUCUUCUACUUCAAUUCAGUAGCGAUUUACAUUUAAGUGCAAUAGUUUUUAGAGCGAUGUUUGUUUUUUUUUAUGACAAAAAAUAUACGCGCACAUUAUUUAAA